AAAGCUAAUCGCAGGGGAAAAAGAACACCGCUCGUGUAUUGAGUUUCCGAAGCACACAAAUUCACGUUUGUUCCAAAUGCAGCAUUGUUCUUAGAACUUAAUUCAGAACAUUUUCAUGGUAGAAGGAUGUCCAAUCCAACUUCAAAAGCCACUUGGACACCUGCAUUCCAUAAAAUAUUUGUUAAUUUGUGCCUUGAAGAAACGUUGAGGAAUGAGCCUGGGACACGAAUUACCAAGGUGGGUUGGAGGAACAUUGUUGGAUCCUUUUAUGCGAAGACUGGUGUGAGAUAUGACAAAAAGCAAUUUAAGAAUCACUAUGAUUCUACCAGAAAGCUAUGGAAAGUCUGGGUCAAGUUGACUGGUGAUAGUAGCAUGAAAUGGGAUCUGGAAACACGGACUUUUGGUGCUUCGGAGGAAGACUGGCGCAAUUAUGUAAAGGAAAUCCCAGAAGCUGCACAAUUUCAGUUUAAGGAAAUCCUGUUCAAAGACAAGCUGGAUAUCAUCUUUGAUGGAGGACAUCAAAUUGAGGAAAUGAAACGAUUAGCAAGUCUUAAGUUGCAGAAUGGUGCUUCAGCUGCAUCUCCUUUGCGUGGCAAAGAGCGAGAGAAGAAACGUAAGAAUGUUUGUAGGGAAUGGGAUUGCCAAUUAAAUAGUGCCAUUAUGGUUGACUAUAUGCCAACUCCAAAAGCUACUUGGACACCUACGUACCAUAAAAUAUUUAUUGAUUUAUGCAUCGAAGAAACAUUGAAGGGGAACAAGUCUGGGACACAUUUUACCAAAGAGGGCUGGAGGAAUAUUGUUCUAUCCUUUAAUGCAAAGAGUGGUAUGAGAUAUGACAAAAAACAAAUUAAGAAUCACUAUGAUUCAACCAGAAAACUAUGGAAAAUCUGGGUUAAGUUGGUUGGUGAUGAUAGCAUGAAAUGGGAUCCAGAAACCAGUAAGUUUGGCGCUUCAGAGGAAGACUGGUGCAAUUGUAUAAAGGCAUUCCCUGAAGCUGCACAGUUUCGGUUUAAGAAAGUCCAGUUUUCUGACAAACUAAACAUCAUCUUUGAUGGAGGCAUACCAACUGGGGAAAUGGUAACUCCGAGUAGGCUUAAGAGGCAGAAAGAUGCUUUGCUUACAUCAUGUGGAAAAGACCAAGAGAGGAAACGCAAGAAUGUUGGCAGGGAUUGUGAAUUGAAGAGUGCCAUUAUGGUUAAUGCUAUCCCAAUCAGUACGAUUCCAAGUGAGCAAAGCAUGUCCAGUUCAUCACUUACUAAGGUCAAAGCCACAUGGACCCUUUCAGUGCACAAGAUCUUCGUUGAUCUAUGUCUGCAAGAGACAUUAAAGGGGAAUAAGCCUGGGACACAUUUUACCAAGGAAGGUUGGAAGAAUAUUAUGGAUUCAUUUUAUGUGAAAUCUGGUUUGAAUUAUGAUAGAUUACAACUUAAGAAUCACUGGGAUUCUACCAAGGAACAAUGGAAAAUUUGGUGUAAGCUAAUAGGCACAAGUAACAUGAAGUGGGAUCCAUAUAACCAGAAAUUUGAGGCUAGUGAAGAAGAUUGGACCAACUAUUUACAGGAAAACCCAGAAGCUGCACAAUUUCGCUAUAAGGAACUACAGUUCACUGACAUAUUGGAAACCAUCUUUAAUGGAACUACUGUUACAGGGGAGACUGAACCUGCUGUGCAACAAAGGAAAAGUGAUGAUAGUGUUGUUACUUUCCCUUUGCAUGCAAAAGAGCCUGACACAGUCAUCGCAGAUGAGAAAACUGAAUGUCUUUGUGAUGCUGUUGCAUCAAGAAAUGGUGUGAAUAUUCAAAAGAAUGCUAUUGCAAUUUCAUCCACCGAAGGAAAAUGGAAUUAUAGUAUCGGUGAAUGCAUAGAAUGCCUAGAUAGAAUGGAAGAAAUAGAGCAAGGAAGUGAUAUGUACAUGUUUGCUUUAGAUUUAUUCCUUAAGCAGGAAUAUAGGGAAAUUUUUCUGCAAUUGAAGAAGCCAAAUCUGAGGAUCUCAUGGUUGCAGCGGCUUCAGUCUUUUGGUCCACCUUUACUCUAGGAUUUUGUCAACUUUCAUCUUUUUUUACUUUAUUAUGUGUAUAGUACUUCAUAUAAUUUGGUUUUUAGGCACCGGUAUGUUUUAUGCAUGGUGAUCAACUGACCAUAUAAAUUUUGAGGGGAUGGUAUUACAAAUAUGACAAGGUUACUAG